GAUUCACUCGACUGAUUCAUUGGUUGAUAUGGCUGGAGCGGAAGUCGGAUUGCGCUGCGGUGCCUAUCGUGAUUGCUUCCUGCGCCUGCCUGAAGCGUGGCUGCGGCGAUCGUCUUCCAAUGCUGCUGGUACUGCUGCUGCGUCCAGUUGUCCACGAUCGCUCACCCUGCGUCCUGGCGGGGUCUACCGAGUCGUGCGCAGCAGCAGCAGCGACGGGGAGCCAAGUCCAAGCACCACAACGGCGGCGUUCCUGACCUGGCCAGGCGAGGACUUUGUGCUGCCGACGCAGGCAACGACGUCACGAGCAAGUCCAGCAGCUGCAUUCAGUGCACCGAGUGCAAGUAUCGGGCUCGACACGACCCUGGCCCGUGAGCUGGGUUGGAAAUCUGGAGACUCGUUCAUGAUCAAUCUCGUCUCGACCAGAAUUCCGCAAGCAACUCGAGUCGAUUUGGAGCCUGCCGCGAGCGACGAUUGGGAAAUCAUGCAACUGCAUGCGGGCGAAAUUGAGGAAAUGUUCCUCCAGCAACUGCGAGUUGCGUUUACGGGAUUGGUCUUUCCCCUGCGCGUGGGAGGCCAUACCAUCAUACGAUGUCGUGUUGCUUCCUUUUCACCAAGCGAGGCAGAGUGUGUCGAGUUGGGGGUCUCAACUGAGCUGGUCAUUGCCCCAAAGGUGCGAUCUCUCCCCGGCCCUGCACGGGAGUUGACCACAUCAACCACUCCGCCAGUGAAAACCAUCGAUUUAAACUUCCGCAUCCAGCCGUGGCCAGUCGCAGCCACCACCACCACCACCACCACCACCACGUCUACCGAACCCCUGUUCUCGGACGCUUACCCGUUUGUGUCACUCAAUCCGCAGCAACUGGGCACUCUUCGUGACCAGCUCGGCGAAGGACCGAUCUAUGUUCAAAUCCACGCCGCGAAACAAGUGGGGUUGGUUCUUCCCGACGGACCAGCACCCGCUCGCUCCCAUGUUUUCCUUUCAAGGCUACUUGCGUCAGACAAGAUUAAAAACUACACACGAGUGAACACGUCAGCCUUCUCUGCUCACGCUGCGACUGCGCUUUCAUGCAUCCAGCUCGGCCUCGACACUCCACCUUCUCCCGACAUUUCAGACGACGCCAUUCGUGCUGCGUUCUUUGCUUAUUUGCACGGCUACUGGAAUCACUCGUCGAAUGCUCCAUUUGUGUUUGCAGCGUCGUUCGAAGUGUCGCUUUCGAUUGCAGGCAAUCCCAUCACCGCACAAGUGCUGCCUGCUGGAUUGAGCAAUCCCGAUGCAGAUGCCUCCUUUUAUUCCAUCAUGCGACCUUCUUCCACCGGUCUCUUGCCGGCGAGUGGCCUUGUCGUGAGCGUUCAGCGACCCGAAGCACCACCGUUCUCCGUUCCUCGUCCGCUCGAGGCCAAUCCGCAACCAUCGCCGUCGCUUUCUUCCCCACUACCCGUACCGUUGACGUGGAAAUCACUAGAGUGGUUUGGUGGCUACCAGGCACAACUACAAGGAAUUGCCUCCACUCUUGCGAAAGCUGUGCACUUGCAGCAAACACGCGCAAGCCUGCUGCCUCAAGCGCUUGCCCUCGCACCUUCUGUCUGCUGCAUUCUCGUCACAGGUGCCACUGGGACGGGCAAAACUCUGCUGUGCGAGGGCUUGUGCCAUUCACUUGCCCACGACCCCAGUCUUGUCGCGAACGCCAUUCGCGUCGACCCAGAUCAGCCUCCCUGCAGCGCCAUACUCGCCCCUGCCGAAUCGUCCGGCAACACGGCACUGUCACGGCAGCGUACGCCAUUUAUCCAGCGGUAUUUGGAGCAUGCGUUUGCACUGGCUCGCGCGACGCAACCCUGCGUUGUGUGGCUUCAAAACAUUGACGACCUGAUGCCCACCGCCGCCUCUGCCGGUAGUGGUGGUAACGGGGAGGAGGACAACGAUGACAGUAUUGAUCCUGAAAGCCGCGCCAGGUCGUCCACCCUCGCGAUCGCUUUACUCGCACAGGUCAGUGAGUGUCACAAGCGGAAUGACUCGGUCAUUGUACUCGUAUCUGCGCGGACUGCCACGGCAGUGCACCCCAUGCUGCUGAAUGGGAUUCAAGGCGCAGCGGGAUUUGAUUUCUCUGCCGUGCUGGCUUCCCCGAGCGAGAGCGAUCGGCAGGCAAUCUUGACCUCGCUCUUGUCGCCAGCAGCACCCCUGCCUCAAACCACUGCCGAGAGCAUCAAUGCUUCUAUUGCGUCGUUGUUGACCACUCGCGUUGUCGAGGCUCCCGCUCAUGUGAGCGACAUUGCAAGGGCCAUGGCCAAGUUGACCGAUGGCUAUGUGGCUGCUGACUUGUCGUUGGUGGUGCAGCGCGCUCGCGCAGUCCGAGGGUUGCGAUUGGCACGCAACCCACCCACCGACACUCCUUCCGCAGAUGUUGUGAUGCUGGACUUUGAAGAGGCCAUGCGGGGAUUCACUCCCAGCCGACUGCGUGGGCUACCUCUGCAAACGUCCGCCACGACUUGGCGAGAUGUUGGCGGUUUGGAGUCUGUCAAGGCCUUGCUGACAGAGACGCUUCAGUGGCCUGCCAAGUACCCCGAGCUGUUUGCGCAGUGUCCCUUGCGCCUGCGCUCGGGCGUCCUGCUGUAUGGGCCGCCUGGCUGUGCCAAGACGCUCUUGGCGUCUGCCGUCGCAGGAGAAUGCGGUCUCUCCUUCAUCACCGUGAAGGGACCCGAGUUGCUCAACAAGUACAUUGGCGCCAGUGAACAAGCAACGCGCGACGUGUUUGCGCGUGCCGCCGCCGCCAAGCCUUGCAUCCUCUUUUUCGAUGAAUUUGACUCGUUGGCUCCUCGGCGAGGCCACGAUAGCACUGGAGUGACUGACCGUGUUGUCAACCAACUCUUGACACAACUGGAUGGCGUGGAAGGACUGUCAGGCGUGUUUGUGCUCGCUGCUUCCAGUCGUCCGGAUUUGAUUGAUCCGGCGCUUCGUCGUCCUGGACGCAUUGACAAGAGCGUCUACUGUGGGUUUCCGACAGAGUCUGAUCGGCAGUCCAUUCUGACGGCAUUGUCACGUUCGCUCCCGCUUGACGACGAGCUGUGUGAGCAGGACGCUUGGUUGGAGGUGGCUCAGCAAACGGAGGGUUUCACUGGAGCCGAUUUAAAGUCGCUUCUUGUCAACGCCCAACUCGCUGCGGUGCACAAGCUUCUUGACGUGCCAUCCACCGCAGCACAAGCAGAGGGCAGUACAGAAGACUGCGCUUCCAAGCCAACCAUUAUCUCAUUUACUGCGGGCGAGGAAGAAGCCCAUUCGACAUCGUAUGCUCAAACUCGGCGAUUGGAAUCCAUGGUGGAUGUUGUUCUGCGAAACUCGAGUUUGGCUUCCCGCACGGCCGACCUCCAAAUCUCCUCUCAGCAAGAGCAAGGCGGAAAAGGCCACAAUGUAGUCAAGAUUCGCCGAGAGCACGUUCAUUCUGCUCUUCAGACCACGCGGCCUUCGAUUGCCGGUCCUGAACGCGAGCGGCUCGAGCGCGAGUAUACGGCGUUCGCGCAAGAGGGACUGCCGGCUGAAGGGCCAAAGAAUAGCACCGGCUUUGUUCCAGAUUCUCGAGUUUCGCUGGCUUGAUUUCUUUUUUUAAUUAUUGUCAUUAUUAGCCAUGUAAAAGAAGU